UAUACGUCAAUUGCCAAACAAAAUAAGGUUAGCUUUAAAAUAAUAAUAAAAGAAAAAGCAGUCUUUUCAAAUAUUAGAAAAAGCGUUACUACUACAAUGCCUAGAGAAGAUAUACUUGAAGGGCACAAACACAAAAGCCACAAAAGUAAAAAAAGCCGGUCCAGUAGCCGUUCCGAGCGUACUCAAGAAAAGCACAAGCAUUCAUCAAGCUCAAAGAAAAAGGGUAGUUUCCACGAAGAUGCCGAUCGAAAGAAAAAGAAAAAGCGAUCUAAGAGCUCUUCCAGUGAAUCCGAAUCGACCAGCAGCGAAAGUUCGGGUAAUUCGGUGGAGCUAUUAAAAAAACUAGAAAACGAAAGAUUGCGAUUAGCCGAACAAAAAAAGAAUGAAAAGGAGCUUCUCAAAGCUGCUGAAACCGCCGAGGAGAAGAGAUUGAGAAGAUUGAUGAAGAAAGAGGCGAAGGAAAGAAGGCGAAAAGAGAAAAUGGGCUGGGACAAUGAAUACUUACAUUACACGAACAGCGACAAUCCAUUCGGAGAUGGAAAUUUACUGUCCACAUUCGUUUGGAACAAAAAAUUGUCCAAAGAAGGCAUCAAAAACGUCGGUCACGCAGAAAUCGAAGCGAUAAACCGGUUAAAACAAGAGGAGAAUAAAAGGGAACUCGAAAAAGUCAAGAAACGUAGGCUAGAGAGGGAAUUGGAGAGGCAAAAAAGAGACGAAGAAACCCAAAUGAUGCAAAGAAGUAAAGAAGCUGCCCAAUUCGAGGAAUGGGAAAGGCAAGAAGAUAAAUUCCACUUGGAGCAGGCCCGACUGAGAUCUCACAUCAGAAUUCAAGAUGGUCGAGCCAAGCCGAUCGAUCUACUAGCAAAGUACAUAAGCGCAGAAGAAGAAGUCGAUGCCGUCGAAAUGCACGAGCCUUACACUUACCUCAACGGCUUGCAAAUCAAAGACCUAGAAGACCUAGUCGAAGACAUCAAAGUCUACAAGGAACUAGAAAGAGGAAAGAACCUAGAUUACUGGAACGACAUAACAGUCAUAGUAGAAGACGAGCUUCAAAAGUUGAGAAAAAUUGAAAAACAAAACGAUUUCGACUUGGGAUUGAACCGAAGAGAAGGGAUACAUCAAUCUGUCGCCACUGAUGUAACAUCAGUGUUUAAAGGCAAAACGGCCGCACAAUUAGCGGCGUUAGAAAGGCAAAUUGGAAGCAAAAUUAGCAGCAAAGCCGAUGGUAUAGACAUAGGCUAUUGGGAGUCUUUGCUAUCGCAACUUAAAGCCCACAUGGCAAGGGCCAGACUACGUGACAGACAUCAAGAUAGCUUGAGAAGGAAACUGCAAGUACUAAAAGCAGAACAAGCCAUUACAGGAGUAGGUCAAAGCCACAGCGAAACUCAUUCUACUGAUAACGAAGAAACCACUUCGGAACCCAAACCAAGCACUUCCCAGGAUUCGUUGGAAACGAUGGAAGAAAGCAAUGAAAAGAGCGAAGACGCUGCUCAUGCGUGGCUGAACGAAUGCUUUUCGGCCUACCAAGCAGGCGGAUACAGUCCAAAGUUUUUAACUCCGGACGAUACCGAGCCCGGUACGAUCGUAGUCUCGGAGGAAGACGAUAUAAAACGAUUGGAAUUCGCUAGGAUGCAGGUGACGGGCCAAGGAACCAAAAUCGAAAACGUCGUUACAAAGGAAGAGUUACUGCUACAAAAGGAAGCGAGAAAGGGAAUGGACGGGGACGAGGCUCAAUUUUCAGUCGAGCAAGCCUUGGAUAAUCCAGUGUAUUUAUGGUCGGAUAAGUACCGCCCACGGAAGCCCAGGUACUUCAAUCGAGUGCACACAGGAUUCGAAUGGAACAAAUAUAAUCAGACCCAUUAUGACAUGGACAACCCGCCGCCAAAAAUCGUACAAGGGUACAAAUUCAACAUAUUUUACCCUGAUUUGAUCGACAAAAGCAGCACGCCCGAGUAUUAUCUAACGCCCAGCCCCGAGAAUAGGGAAUUUGCUAUAUUACGAUUCCAUGCCGGACCGCCUUACGAGGACAUCGCUUUUAAAAUCGUCAACAGGGAAUGGGAAUAUUCAUACAAAAGGGGAUUUAGGUGCCAGUUUCAUAACAACAUAUUCCAAUUAUGGUUCCAUUUCAAGAGAUAUAGGUAUCGAAGAUGAUUUUCUUUCCUGUUUAAUGUUUGUUUGUAUGGUUAUUUAAUAUAUGAGUAUUUGAAACCGA